AAUAUUAAUAUUAUAAAAUAUGAACACAGUAUUUUAUACCUCGAGAUGUGGAAUAAAUCAUUUUCCGUCAUACUCAUUAUAGUAUUGAGUUUAGACUAUAUCUCAUUAGAACAUUCAGGAAAUGAAAAUGAUGAGCUGGUGGGAGUAGCAGUUUGUUUCAGACAUGGAGAUCGAGGACCAAUCAGUUCCUACCCUAAUGAUCCAUUUCUGGAUAUAAAAUAUUGGCCAGAUGGCUUUGGUCAGUUAUUGGAAAAAGGAAAAAUCAAUCAAUUUAAUUUGGGAAGAUGGCUACGAUCUCGCUACUACAACUUUUUGUCACAACGAUAUUCUGUAUCGGAAAUAUUUGUCAAAUCUACGGAUGUCGAUAGAACUUUGACAUCAGCCGCUUCGAAUUUAGCAGGAUUGUAUUAUCCAGAAAACUAUUCAGAUACUUACCCUAAUUGGCCUUUAAACUUACCUUGGAAUCCUAUUCCUAUACACACUGUACCCGAGGAAGAUGAUGAUAUUUUAGCAAUGGCAAAAAGCUGCAGAAAAUUCAAGGAAUUGCACGAACAGAUUUUGAAUUCGGAAGGAUUGAAAAAUAUUUUAAAGAAAUACGAAAAUAUCGUUCGAUUGGUCGAAAGCAAAACUGGUUGGAAUAUAACUGAUGUUACAACGUUUCAGGGGCUUUGGUCUGUUUUUUAUGUUUACAAAAUGCACAAUGCUUCUUAUUUACCAGAUUGGUUUUACGAUUUAGAUGAAAAUGAACUUUCGUUUUUAGCAGGACUAUCUUUUAGUUCUGAAACAUAUACUGACACAUUACAGCGAUUAAAGGUUGGCCCAUUGUUCAAUUACCUGAACAAUUAUUUUGAUGGUAUUUAUAAUGGAACCAAUCAGAAAUUUUUAAUGCUUUCUGCACAUGAUGGAACGAUAGCUUCAAUAUUGAACACAUAUAUGGCGUACGACAGAAACCCACCAGAAUUUUGUUCUAUGAUAAUUUGGGAAUUAUACAAGUCUUCAAGUGGUGAUAAAUAUUUAAAAAUUUGGUUUAAGAAAAAUUGCGAGACUGACUCACUUGAGCCAGUAAAUGUUGGUAAUUGUUAUUCCACUUGUAGUUAUAAUGUUUUCAAACAAUUUGUACAGACUAUAGCUGUUGAUGCUGAAACUUGGGAAAAAGAAUGUAAUUAAAAUGAGCAUACCAAUUAAGUAGGAAUAAUUGUAUCUUAUAUUUGAAUAUUAUAUUCAAAUAUAAUUUAAAUAUAACAUUGUAUUUGA